AUGAAGAUUAGGCCUCCUCCAAGNACUCACACAGGAGAAAAACCAUAUCAGUGCCUGGAUUGUGGGAAACGUUUCAGUCAGAGUUCCUACUUGGUGAAACACCAGAGGACUCACACAGGAGAAAAACCAUAUCAGUGCCUGGAUUGUGGAAAAAGUUUCAGGCAGACUUCCCAGCUGGUGGAACACCACAGAAUACACACAGGAGAGAAACCGUAUAAAUGCAGUGAUUGUGGAAAAAGUUUCAGUCUGAAUUCCUGCCUGGUGAUACACCAGAGAACUCACACAGGAAUAAAACCAUUUCAAUGUCCGGAUUGUGGUAAAGGUUUCAGUCAGAAUUCCAAUCUGAUGAUACACCAGAGGACUCACACAGGAGAAAAACCAUAUCAAUGUCCGGAUUGUGGGAAAAGUUUCAGUCAGAAUUCCCACCUGGUGAAACACCAGAGGACUCACACAGGAGAAAAACCGUAUGAGUGCCUCGCUUGUGGGAAAAGUUUCAGUUGGAAUUCCAACCUAGUCGAACACCAUAGGACACACACGGGAGAGAAACCGUAUAAAUGUAGUGAUUGUGGGAAAAGUUUCAGUCAGAAUUCCUGCCUGGUGAUACACAAGCGGACUCACACGGGAGAGAAACCAUAUGAGUGUUCAGAAUGUGGGAAAACUUUCAGUUGCAAGUCUGAACUUGGGAAGCACCAGAAGACCCACACAGGAGAAAAACCAUAUGAGUGUUUGUAUUGUGGGAAAACUUUCAGUAAGAGUUCCAAUUUGGUGAUACACCAGAGAACUCACACAGGAGAAAAACCAUAUCAGUGUCCGGCUUGUGGGAAAGGUUUCAGGCAGAAUUCCCAUCUGGUGGAACACCAGAGGACUCACACAGGAGAGAGACCGUUUGAAUGUCCGGAUUGUGGGAAAGAUUUCAGUACUAGGUCUAGCCUUAUAAAUCAUGUAAGGUUACACAUAGGGGAGUAAACAUUCAAACGCCCAGAUUGCAGACAGGGUUUCACACAAAGUUCACACUCAUAAUUUUUUAAGGCAAGCUGUUCCAUUGGUUGAUUGUCCUGAUUGUCUUAAAUAUUAUCAUUAUUUGUAGUUUGUAUCUCUCUUUGAUCAGUGUCAUUGUUUCACCUCUGGCCUUCGGCUGCUUUGGAAAAUAAUUUGUCCCCCCCUCCUCUUUGUGAAAAGCCUCUCAAAUAUUGGAAGACUGCUAUCAUGUCACAUCUGGUUCUUGUCUUCACUAGACAAGCCAUGUUCACUUCAUGUAACUUCUUCAUAUGUUUUAGCCUGCAGGCUUCUACUUUGAUCUGGACUUCCUUUUGCUUUCUUCUUCCUUUUUCUUUCCUUUCUCUAAUCACAUCUGAGCUUCCUUUUUCUUUCGUCUUCUUUUCUCUUUCCUUUCUUUGUUCUGAGCUUCCUUUCUUGGGCCCAGUGUGGCCGUUCCCUUUCACAGAGUCAAAAGGAACUGCCAUUGCUGGAACAGAGAAAGGGAGUUUAGAGCUCCAUUAGGUAUGUCUAUUGCCUUGAGUUAUUUCUACAUAUAGUACAGGGGGAUAUAAACAUAUAUGUGUGUAUGUACAUACUACAAUUAUUUAGGGUCUCCUGCUUGAGCAGGGGAUUGGACUAGAAGACCUCCACGGUCUCAUCCAACUCUGUUAUUCUGUUUUCUAUUUUUAUUUAGCAUGAAAAUGUAUAUGGCAGCCCAACUAAUGGUGAUUGCACGGUUUGCACCAAUAAAACCUUAAUACAAAAACCAAUAAGCACCAUAUAUUGCAAAAUGCAAAGUCCCCACACUUAACAUGCACCUGCCCUGCAAGUAGAAAGCAUGGGUAUCAAGGUUGAUGGCCAUUUGAUGGUCUGGGAAUUGCAAAAAGGUGGUUUUUGCUUUUGUUCAAAUUGGAAGUUAACCAGUCCUGGCCUUACUAAUUAUGUUCGUGCCUGAUGCCAUUCUUGCUCAGAGCUGGUAAUCUUUCUCCUUGCAAGGAUGUCCCGAAGGUGCUUUCCAAGUGUUAAAUUGGAGUAGUUAACCACAGUGAUAGCUGCAUAUACAUUUGGUAAUUAAAAGAAAUGUGUAGAACAUCAGUGCCUCAACCAACUUGCACAUAGGCAGCCUAAGUGGGGCCAUGUUUGGGAUUCAUCUCUUUCCUCUGAUUUAUUCAAAAUAUUUGUGUAGCCAUCCAUAUAAUAACAAACUCUGGCCUGCUUCUAAUCAGUAAUUAACUUAAAAACUGUAUUAAAACCAAAUGCAUUUAAACCAUACCCAGGUACAAAAUCAAGCUUCUGAUACGCAGGUGCUUUUUCUUAUCCCAGCACUCAGAGGAAAAGCUACUUCUUUCCUUUACUAGGAGCAUAAAGGCCUGCCAAACUUCAGGGGGAAGAUUCUCUUGCAGGUCAAGGUCAACAGUGGAGAAGGCUCUCUUCCUAGCUCCUAUCAGAUGGCAAUAUUUAAGGUAAAAAGCUAGGAGCUUGGCCAUCCGACCUGGAAGAACCGAUAGAUGCAAAAAUAAAGAUGGGACAAUAAUGACAGGUGGUCUGUUGGUUCAGUGGUUAGACUGUGGUAUUGCUGAUUGCCUAC